CAGCAGCUUUCAGUCAGACUGUGUCAGAGUUUGCCAGCACAACCCAGGAACAUGGCUUCAAAGUUUUUAUGCUUCACCCUCCUCUUCAUCAACAUCUGCACAGUAGAUGGAUAUGAGUGUUACUCCUCAACUCGCUGCCUGUUUAACUCCACUGAGCUAAGGGACAUCGAGUUCAUCACCUCGUACUAUUACAACAAGAUAGAGUUUGUCAGGUUCAGCAGUGAUGUGGGAAAGUAUGUUGGAUACACGGAGUUUGGUGUGAAGAAUGCAGAGAUGUGGAACAAUAAUCCUGGACAGCUCGCUGCAAUGAGAGCUCAGAAGGAGACGUAUUGCCAACCCAACGUUGGGAUCUGGUACGCAAACGUUCUUUCUAAGUCAGUGAAACCAUCAGUCAGACUUCACUCCACGAUGGCUCCUGGUCGUCACCAUCCUGCCAUGUUGGUUUGCAGCGUCUAUGACUUCUACCCCAAACAGAUCAAAGUGAGCUGGUUGAGAAAUGGACAGGAAACAACCUCUGACAUCACUUCCACUGAAGAGUUUGCAAAUGGUGAUUGGCUCUACCAGGUCCACUCCCACUUGGAGUACAUACCCAGGUCUGGAGAGAAGAUCUCCUGUAUGGUGGAGCACGCCAGCCUGGAUAAACCGCUGAUUAUUAACUGGGUCCCGCCCAUGCCUGAAACAGAGAGACUGAUCAUAGUUGGAGCCAUAGGACUGAUCCUGGGUCUGAUCUUGUUUGUGGCUGGAGUCAUCUACAGGAGGAAGAGUGGAGAUACAUCUUUGGCUCACAGGUUCGGUGAGAAACAGGCAGAGGACUGGAACAAAGAUACUGCAGCUCUGAGCUUGUGGAGACCUCAGAAGGAGAUGUUCUUCAAACCCGACUCUGAGCUCUGCUUCACAAAUGUUCUGCCUAAGUCAGUGAUGCCAUUGGCCAGGCUUCACUCCAUGACGCCCCCUGGUGGUCGUCAUCCUGCCUUGGCGCUCUGCAGAGUCUACGACUUCUUCCCCAAGCAGUCCAAAACCAGGACUGAUGCUGGUUCCCAGUAGUGGAUCCUGAUUGUAGACCUGGAGCUGGUUCUGCUUCUGUCUGAUAGCUGGAAGCAAAAGCAGCAGCAGCAGCUGGCAGCUCUGUGUAUGAUUCAGGCUGUUUGAGUCAGGCUGAAACUGGACUGUGGUGGAUCUACUGGAGCCUCAGUGGUGGAGUCAUCAUAUAGUGUGUGCAGAGUGUUCUCAGAGUCUUUACAGCUGUCUAACAGCAGGACAGCGAGGUGUGUACUGGGAAACUGAGUGUCUGAUUGCUUUGUUUGGAUGUAAGGCUGGAGGGGGCGGAGCUCUGUGGGUGUUUGUGUGUGUGACUUUCCAGUGUCAUCACACACACACACACA